AUGGAUUUACCAGUUCACUUGCCGCUGAGGCGUUGCGAUUGUGUGUGACUCUCGGCGGUGGCGUCCUGCGCCGGUGCGCCCAACCCGAGACGAGCGCCCGCACCCACAAAGAUGUUCGGAGAAAUGCCGCAGCGCUGCGAGGGGUGGCGUUUGCCGUUUCCUCUCAGAUGGGCGCAGCGGUGGAGCGGUGCACCCCAAAGGCACCGGGGGGUGGAGCGAGAUACGGCGGCGACCUGCGCCUAAGGUGUUCGCGGAAAUGUCGUCAAAGUCAAAGCACAUGUCUUUUCCCCUCUCUGCACUCCACUGCACUGCACUCUUGAGUAUUAUUUUGAAUCGAUGAUGAUUCCAAGAAGUCGUCAAAGGUCAAGCGCAUCCAUUGUUACAUGUUGUUAACAGCGCAUGUGGCGACGUUGGCGCAGCUCAUCUGGUGCGCAGGUGGGAUCAUCACUAAGAUCAUGCGAGCGGCGAAGACAGCAAGGCAAAACAAGCGGGAGUGCGUCCACCUUGCGAGCCGUGUCUCCGUGAUUGCCCCGGUGCUGCAUCGCCUACAGCAGCAGGACCCGGAGGUGGCGCAAUCGCUGGUUGGACUGAGAGACGCGCUCAAUGAGGCACACGACCUUGUUGUCACCUGCGGCCCAAAGAGUCAGGGGAAACGGGAGACUGUCCGCCAGUUCUUCGGGGCCCGACGCCGCGCCGAGCAGUUCAAGGAAGUCAACCGCAAGAUUGACUCUAGCCUCAUCCCCAUCGCCUUGCUUACCCACAUCUCAUUCAUGGCCCGCCUUGACCGAAUCAUUUCUCCCAACCAUGUCGGAGUACCGACAACAACAGUUGUCACGGCGGUGGUGGUGCCAUCGCCAGGCUCCAGCUCCCUGCAGCUGGAGUCUGCGCAGGUACCUGUUGUGAGUUCAUCGCAUGUAGCUGCCGAGAUGUUCACAGCAGCGGAGAUCGCAAUGGUGACAGACAACUUCGCUCAUGUGCUCAUUGUCAGUGAAGACCGUGGUUCCGGAACAGUGUACUACAAAGGCCGUCUUCACGAUGGCCAGGAGGUGGUUGUCAAGCGCCUCGAGAACGGGUGGCAAGGCAUGGAGGGUGCGUUUGUGGCUGAGCUCGAGAUCCUAUUCCCCCUCCACCAUGACCACAUCGUGUGUCUCAUUGGCUGGUGUGCGGAGGAGGACAAGCGCAUGUUCGUCUAUGACUACAAGGACGUCAGCAAUGGUACGCUCGGAGACCACCUGCGUGGUGGAGGGUUGUCCUGGAGGAUGCGCAUUGAGGCACUGCUGGGCGCGGCCCGUGCCAUCAACCACCUGCACUGCGUCACCGAGCAGCCAAUCGUCCACCGCAACGUAAGCUCUUCCAGCAUCCUCCUGGACGCAUUCUGGACACCUCGUUUGUCUAGCUUCGGCACGGCAGUCUGGCAAGAAGGGCCGUCAUCAACGGGUGAGGGCCAGCUGGUCGCGGAGGUUGUCGGCACGUUUGGGUACGUCGACCCGGAGUACAGCCGCACGAAUCGUGUGAGUGCUGCAAGCGACGUCUACAGCUUCGGCAAGGUGAUGCUGGAGACUUUGACGGGGUGGCCACCGGUGAAGAAGGGGGAAGACCCCAUGGCCUGGGUGGAAUGCGCGUUCCCGAUCAUCGAGAACAGGAAGCUGCAGGAUGUACUACUGGACAGCCGCCUGGCGACGGAGCUGACGCCACCGCAGCUGGAGGCGCUGCAGCUGGUUGCUGACACGGCGGCGCGCUGUCUGUGGCAGAGACAGGAGCACCGGCCAGCCAUGUCAAGCGUCGUGGCCAACCUGGAGACGGCGCUGUGCUCAUUCAUAGCGACAAGAUCCAGCUUAUAGAAGUCUCAGGUAGUUAAUUACUUUGGUUUUCGUUUUCCAUAGCUCUCUCAGCAUGGUUAUGUUAAAAUCCCGGUACCUUUGUAGAGCUUGUAACAGGGUCUUGUACUGUAUCGAGCUAUACAAACCUCCCCUUUUUUUUCCAAGCGGCUUAACGUCCCGAUUCCCUUACUGAAAGAUAACAGAACAACUAAACAAACCUCCCAGCCAGUUACAGUUUGUAGUUGCUGAACUGUGUUGCCGUGAAUUUGUAAACAUCUGUGGAUUGUUCGGUGCAAACUUGCAAUUUUGUUGUUUA